AUGCGAUCUACUGUGGCUGCAUACCGAGGUGCAGCUGCUUGUCAUUGGUCGCUGACCUCGAGACGCGGGACUUUAGGUAUCCAGUGGUGUCGAUGGAGCAAUGGGAAGGCCUUCAGCACCACGAACAGGCAGGAUGAGAGGCAUGGUUGGCUACUUUCCGUGGAACCUCGCCACACGUCACGCACCGCAACGACUCUCAACCAUGGUACUGCGCGCAAUCAUGCCAGUAGUCAUACUACGUUCACAUUCGAGGAGGAGACGAUAUAUGCACUGUCGUCAGCUCCAGGCCGAGCAGCCAUUGCCGUGAUUCGGGUGUCUGGAUCGAAAUGCUUGGACAUCUACAGAUCGCUGUGCCCAGGUAAGACAUUGCCCAAGCCAAGGACUGCGACUGUGCGCAGUCUGUACGAACCUGGAAAGGCUGCUGGGAAGGAGAAUAUACUCGAUUCGAGCGCCUUGGUGCUGUACUUCGAGGCACCAAAGACUGUCACUGGCGAAGAUAUCCUAGAGCUGCACGUCCAUGGAGGACCUGCAAUCGUGAAGGCUGUGCUUGCAGCUAUUGCCAGAUGUUCGAAGGAUGGCACGAAGGCCAUUCGCUAUGCUGAUCCUGGAGAGUUCACCAGGCGAGCCUUCAUGAACAAUCGCCUUGAUCUGACACAAGUCGAAGCGCUUGGUGAUACCCUGUCGGCGGACACUGAGCAACAACGACGACUAUCUGUUCGUGGGACUACCGGAUCCUUGGCGAAGCAAUACGAAGUGUGGCGGCAACAGCUUUUGUACGCGCGAGGAGAAUUGGAAGCCUUGAUUGACUUCAGCGAAGAUCAGCACUUCGAUGAAAGCCCUGCUGAGCUCUGCGCUUCGGUGGCAGCGCAGGUGCACACUCUGAAAGCCGCGCUGGCAGUGCAUAGCCAAAAUGCUGUUCGUGGGGAGCUGCUUCGUCACGGUAUUACCGUCGCUCUUCUAGGCGCGCCAAACGCCGGCAAGUCGUCCCUGCUAAAUCGCAUCAUUGGAAGAGAAGCAGCGAUCGUCAGUCAGCAAGCCGGCACCACGCGUGACAUCGUAGAGAUUGGUCUCGAUCUUGGUGGAUAUUUCUGUAGGUUCGGCGACACUGCAGGUCUUCGCCAGGCAACAAUGUUUGCAAUGGAAAGCCGUCAAACUCCGGAAGUCAUCAACGAGAUCGAAAUGGAAGGCAUGCGCCGCGCCAAGGCAAGGGCUGCCGAGAGUGACUUGGUCGUUGUAGUAUUCAGCUUCGAGACCAACAACGAGGGCGAAACAAUUCUCAAAUUCGACCCCGAAGUCUGUGCAGUGGCAAAAGAACUAAUUGGAAUGAAGAACAACAUCAUGGUCGUUAUCAACAAAUCCGAUCUCUCUAGCACCAACAACGAAAAGGCAAUAGAGGCAGUGCAGCACGAACUCCCAAACCUUGACAAAGCGUCCAUUCAUAUGAUCUCCUGCGUGGCUGCGCAGCAAACCACUGCCCCGGGUCCGUCAGAUGCGGGAGGAAUCCAAGCGUUCCUCCAAGGCCUAAUCGCGCAGUUCGGAAGGCUGACGGCAGCUUUGACCCCUGCUGGUGCAUCGGAUCCUGAUGUGUCGAUUUGGCAGGAAUCUUUAGGGGCCACUGAACGACAUAGAGUUCUUCUGGAGGUGUGUAUUGGUCAUCUUGACGCGUUUCUCGUCGAAGUCGAAAGUGCGCGGGAUGGUAUUGAGGAUUUGGCAGUCGUCGAGCAGGCAGAAGCUGACAUUGUAGUUGCUGCGGAACACUUGAGGGGUGCGGCUGAGUGUCUUGCGAAGAUUACGGGGACGGGUGAAGCUGGAGAUGUGGAAGAGUUGCUGGGAGUGGUAUUUGAGAAGUUUUGUGUUGGAAAAUGA